UAAAAUAAAAUGUUAAAGGGUCAAGAUUUUGGUGUAGAUAUCAAAAAUGAAAAUAUAAGCAAUAUAAGGCCUCAUCAAAAUAAUAUAACCAACAAAAUUUGCCCACACACCAAUCCUAAUUUAAAUAUACUUGAGAAUAGUAAAUCUCCAUCAAAUUUGAAACAUUUAUUUGAAUUAGAUGGGUACUUAAAAUCUUAUGAAAAAGAGAUAUGUAGGAGAUAUGAAGUCUUUAGUAAUACACUAUCAAAAAUUGAUCAGGUUGAGGGUUCAUUGGAUAAAUUUUCAAGAGGUUAUCAAGAAUAUGGCAUUCAAGUGACACCUGAGAAUGGUAUCAGAUGUCUGGAAUGGGCACCUGGGGCUAAGGCUUUAUAUUUAAGAGGAGAUUUUAACAAUUGGAAAAAAAAUGAAUUCCCAUUCGAAAAGCUUCCUUUUGGAAAAUGGGAAUUAUACAUACCUCCAUUGGCAGAUGGAACUUUACCAAUUAAACAUAAAUCAGCUUUAAAAUUGGUUGUAGAAGAUCACCAUGGUCAUAUGCUAGAUAGACUCAGUCCUUGGGCCACUUACGUUAAACCGCCUUCUAAUUCAAUCGUAUUCGAACAAGUCUUCUGGAAUCCGCCUGAAAAUCAACAUAUAAGUAUAAAUAUAUCAUCUAAUGAUUUGAUGAGUUCUAUACUAGAACUUGUUACUGUAAAUGGCCGGCCUUUAUCAAUUAUUGAAGAUUCGGGAUUUCAAAGAAUUAUAAAUCCACUCCUAUCUGGGCUCAAUUUAGUUAUAAACAAAGAAAAUUUAUCCAGAACUAUUAAUAAAACAGCCCAAUCAAUUAGAGACAAAAUAUCGAGAGAGGUAGAAGGAAAAUUAAUAAUGUACGGUGUGCACACACUUCAGCUGGCACUUCAAGAUGCUAUAAAAUUAUCACCUAUUGUGGAAACCUGCAAAAGCUAG